GAGCGUUGUUGGGACAGAAACCGUCACGUGCGGGUAUAGGCGAGAAACUUAUACAGUCCUACUAAUUAUAGACUUCUUAGUAGUCUAUUAUCUACUUCUAUACCUUUAUCACAGAGUCUAGUAGGGAUUUAACUCUAUAAUUUUUCAGACUGCCUACCGAUACCGCGCACCCUCAAGCACCGGUAGUUCGUUACAUCAGCUAUACACCUCAUACUAUGUCUCUUGUUGAUUCGAACUGCAAUUUCAGGAACGAAGUUCAGCACCUGCGAGCAACGUAUGAGCGUAAACGGAACUCAACGAACCUGUAUCCACCGGUUGGACGCCCUGUGUAUGGGAUUGAAGUAAGAGCAGUGGACGACAUCGACCAACACACGUUCUGGUACGAACUAGAAGAUUCGAAAAACCUACAAUGUAUUAGACUUUACGACAUACCUGGAACUCUUUCGGGUGAUAUCCUGCGACUAAAUAAACAGCUGCCAACCAUGUCGAACGAGAAGAAUUACGAAAUCCAAGGAGAUAAAAUUGUGCCGCUAGAAACUGUACCGACGCCGCGCAGAUUUGAGUCAGACGCUGAAAACCUUACAUCUGAGCUCUGUAAGCUUCCCGAGAUUGCUGUUGACCCGGACAAGCAUUUUGUCAAGCAAGGCAAAUAUCGUAGUGAGAUCAGAAAUCUUCUCACUUGCCAAGGCGGGUCUUGUCCUGGUGUACCAAUCUCGCCUCAUAUCAUCCAACUCUUGGGCAAAUCUGCAGAUGGACACUUAGUGUUUGAAAAACAAAACCCACGCUAUAUCCUAGCCUUUGUACAUGAUUUUUGCCGAUACAGAUCUUGGAUUCUCCAAAUCAUUACUGGCCUGGCGGCUCUACACUCUGUCGGAAUCGUGCACCGUGACUUGCGUAUCGACAAUCUUGUUUUCAGCACUGAUGCCACUCGAGUCUGGAUAAUUGACCUCGAGGGUCGUUGGGGAAAUUGGCGGGCGCCCGAAGUAUCGGACGGAGCCGGCCUUGAUGCAGGCUGGACGGAAAUGUCUGAUAUUUACGAUCUGGGCUCGCUCAUCAAGGAUAUGAUAUAUGGUAACGUUCCUCUUACCUUGCAGGUUGACUGGGACGCACCAACGCUGUUGAAGCCUGUUGUCGAAGCAUGUACACGGGAUUCACCCUCAGACCGGCCGUCCCUAUCCCGGCUCCAUGAUAUGGUAACAGGUAUCGCGGCGUAAUUAUACAUCUGGUCGUCAGAAGCAGUCCCCGAGCUCAUAACAGUAAAGAAAGUGUAUGGAGUGCUUAGAUGUCGCGUCUGAAGUCAUGUUAGCUCCUUUAGCAAUAGCAAUCUAAUAUGUUCUCUUAUUCCGAGGUGAAGACUCAUACAUACAAACGCCAAGUACAACGACCAG